UUCGUCAUAACAUUUGGGCACCGGGCGUCCGUAUAGCCUUUCCAGAAAACAACACGCACUCAAUUCAGAUAAACGAGAUAGCGUGAACGCGCCGGCAGAUUUGAGUUCAUGGAAGUGAUAUCUGCGCUUGUUUUUAAAACACACACCUCUAUGGAUCCUUUCGAUUUCAAAUACCCGGAAACAAGGAUCAUAUGUCAUCAUAGUAGUCGUGGUUGAAUGUGAAAAUCAUGUCCAGCUGCUACGUUUGUAUUCCAUAAUAAUUUAUUCUGAGCUUUAAUCGAUAGAAGUCUUAUAGACAGAAUUAUCGUAUUAGCGGACGGAUUGUCAAUCACCUGAGCUGAGGAAUCUAUAGAGAAUUAUUCUACUAGUCUACUUCCGGACAGACAGGUAAAGGACGAUGGAAGACAGAGGCAGUUCCCAGCCAGAUCUGAUCAAGCAGGACCAUGGAGAACCCAGUCAUAUUCUCACUCCCCUAGCCCCUGGCAGAGGAGUGCUGUUCCCUCCAUCUCUCCUUCCUCCCAGCUCUACCCUUCUCCCUCCAGUCAUCCUCCCUUCACAGGACGACCUGUGGCAUCUACCUGGAAGACUACGUAUAAACCCGUCUCUGUGGGAUAAGGAGGAUGUGGUUCACUGGCUGCACUGGGCUCAGAGGGAAUAUUCUCUCCUCAGAACUGAGAGAGGCCGGUUUGAGAUGAAUGGCAGAGCUCUCUGCCUCCUCACCAAGGAAGACUUCAGACGCCGCUGUCCUGACUCAGGUGAUGUACUGUACGAGCUCCUACAGUGUGUGAAGCAGCAAAGAAGAGAGGUCUCCACGAGCCACACAACUCCACCCAUCCUGACCCUCACCAAGCCCCCUCUCAGUCUCACCAAUCUCCCCCCUACUAAAUACACCCAGCCAGCCCAAACCAAUGGAAGCCGGGGUCCCCGACCCCUAGGAGCCAAUGGAUCAACAAAUGUGUCCACGUGUCCUCCCACAAUCCCAAGCUCCCAGGAGGAGGAGCCUCUCAACCUGUCCAAUCAGGAGAGGAUUCAGAGAGAUGUCCCACCUAAAGAGGCCAACGGCAAGAUCCCAGACUGCAGGUUGCUGUGGGACUAUGUGUACCAGCUGUUGUCAGACCAGCGCUACCAGCCCUUCAUCCGCUGGGAGGACCAGGAGAGGCUGGUGUUCAGGGUGGUCGACCCCAACGGACUAGCUCGACUCUGGGGGAACCACAAGAACCGAGCCAACAUGACUUAUGAGAAGAUGUCUCGUGCUCUGAGACACUACUACAAACUCAACAUCAUCAAGAAAGAACCAGGACAGAAACUACUCUUCAGGUUUCUGAAGACCCCUCAGGAGAUCACGCGUCAUCGAGCUGACCGUCUUGACUCAGCAGAUUCCCCUGAACUCUCACCCUCACACUCACCCUGAACACUCACCCUCACACUCACCCUCACACUCACCCUCACACUCACCCUCACACUCACCCUCACACUCACCCUGAACACUCACCCUCACACUCACCCUCACACUCACCCUCACACUCACCCUCACACUCACCCUCACACUCACCCUGAACACUCACCCUCACACUCACCCUCACACUCACCCCGGCGGGACUUCAGUGAGGAUGGUUUGGAGGUGUCCCCUGAAUACAACGCCCCAAGCUCUAACCCUUUAAGCAUGACGGUAUGAACAUGGAUACUUCUGUGUUGAGGUAUCUAUUGCACUGUGAAAUGGCUAUGUUUUUUUUUUUUUUUUUAGCAGUAAUCUACAACCCACUAAUCAUACUGUGGAAACUUUAACGGAGCUGCUACGUAGCUAAUGACUAGCGUCCACAAAACAAAACACUAUUCAUCAGGAUAGAACAGAGCUGUCUGAUUAAAACCUUCUAGUCAUCUGCAGCGUGAUGAAUUACAGCAUUACUUUAAAACUAUACACACAGGUACUACAACUAACAGUUCUGUGUCCAGUUUUUCCUGGGUCUGACGUGUGACUUGUCAAAAAAUGAUGCAACUUAGGUAAAUAGAAUCGUAAUAUGAUCAAAAUGAAUGUUGCACAUUUACAAGCAGGUCCCAUAACGCUAAUAACAGCCCCCAUUUAGUAGCUGGGAUGAUUGGAAUAAUUAAUUCGAUCGUAAUAUUUACCUUUGCUUCUGUACAUAUUUUCAAACUCUGAAUUUGUGGAAUGAAUGAAUGAAUUAAAUGAAUGAAAUUGUUAUAUUUUUAUGUUUUUAUUUUUUUUUCAUUAUUUUUUUUUGUUGUUGUGUCAAAUCGCCAAUUGGCGACCCAUCCUUUACGGGAUUAACUGACACAUGGUAGAAAGGGCAAUACAGGAUAAAAUGAGUUUUCAUUCUCUAUUUCAUUAAGAUCACAAUAGUUACAUAGGCUUUCCUCUUCCAGUUCACCACUGUUAGCGGUUGAUGUUAUUCUUCAAUGACACAAACGCCGAAGCAAAUCAGAGGGAGAAAAAUAGAUUAAUUUGAAAAGGACAAAGUGCAUUCCCUCUGUCCUUCAGCUUGUCACCUUAGAACAAAGAAACAGGAAGUCACUUAUAUCCCCCCCCCCCACCACGCUGACCAAUCAGAAGUCCUUGCAGUACAACUGGGCCAAUGGCCAAAUAACAAGUAUCCUGCUCCAGACUCAAUGUACAGACCAAUGAAAACGUAGCACACAUAGCUCUGAGUUCAAGGCUGACAUUUAACAGAUUCUAACCAUCUGUUGAACUGAGACCCUCGCAACUAUUUCCAUUAACGAUUCUCUAUUGAUCAUUUGUACUCUCAUUUAGUUUUUAGUACUCUUGUAUUCUCAUCCUCUGCGUUGUGUAUUUAUCUUCAAAAAUAUUCUUAUACCACAAUACCGACCUGUUUCAAUAUGGAAAGGCAAUAUCCCUGAUCUUACCUGUGCACCUAGAGAUCUUUUGCUUUUAGGUAGGUCAUACAUAAUAUAUAUCUCACGCAAAAAUUCACCCUUAAUCAAAUUUAAGGGUCUCAAUUUAGGUUUAUGAUGAAUCUCCUCCACCCAUUUUUAAAUUAAAAAAAAAAUCAUAUCUAUGACUCCUUUCAUUUGGUUUUCAUACAGAUGUUCACAGUCAGACUGUUGGAAAAGGUCAGCCAUUUCAGUUGCCCAGGGCCCCCCCCCGUAUGGAUAGAUCCAUACCUUCCAUCUCACCUCACAGGGUUCCCAGCCCAUGUCCCCAGUUAUUGCAACUAUAGAUUCAAACUUGUGGACACCUAAAAAAAGUUACGUACUCCUCUGUUAUGAACAUGUUAGUUUUUAAAAUACCUCUUAGCCCCCCCUCACUCCUGCUGAAUAGUCCAGAUCAGGACAGACGCAUAUCUGAUACAGUUUGGAAUACGUAGCAUAACCAAUAUCUUUGAGUUUUUUUGUUUUUCCUAUUACUCCCCCUGAGAGCUCUACAUGCUGAGUCGUCCAGGGCAGUUGUUCUGUAUAGAAAGGUAAUAUGUUCAUCAAUAAAAAAAAACAAAAAUAUUUAUAA